CACAGCGAUGCGGUACAGAACUCAAUUCAGCCUCUGCCCCGCUAUUGCGUCUCAGACAAUAUUUUCGGAUCAAGCAUAAAUUGGCUCUUUAGCCACGGCCUCGCGAGCGUUACAGGUGCGCGCCAACAGGUGAUUUUGAUUCGAUUGUCACAUAACGCCUCUAAUCUUUUUAUUUUUUAUGAACGGUUUAGUCAAAAUAUGUUGCAAUUUGUCUAGUUUAGGUUUCAACGCAACAAGAAAAAUGGAUCUCUCAAAGAAUUCCGUUGCAAACAGGAGAAACAGAAAUGCAACCAAAGGGAAAAAAGCUACUCACAAGUCAAAUGUUUCACCGGCAAUCAGUAGACUCAUUCAAGACCCUUCAAAUCAUAUUCCAUUGGGACGACAACUUCAGAGGACGCCGCCAACGUCAGAGUUGAAAAUAACUCGGCCUUUGAGCUUUGAAACACAUGUGAUUGAAACCACCCCUGGGCAAGAGCCCUUGUCUCCCACGUUAAAUAUGACCAUGGACCUUUACACAAUCGAGCCUGCAGAAACUGAAACAUGCCGACGGUCUCGCAUCACUUCAAGCACACUCUGUUCAGGCAGUGUGCUGGAAGAGGACCCCUACUCAUUGAUAAGAGGCAUGCAGGGCUAUGAGGUUACCCCAGCAGACCUUGUAUUCCUGAAGAGAGCCAGGCAGGAGAGGCAGAUCAACGCCUUACAGAGAGAGCUGGAUGAGUUACUGAGGCAGCGGAGGAACCAGAUGCUGGCCAGGGAUCUGUCCUUGGCCUCCAGAGAGAAGAUCCAAACUGACCUUGAUGAGAUCCUGUCCUGUGAGCAGACUGUUCAAAUGGGGCAAGUGUUCCUCUCGAGGAAGCUGAGCUCAACGGAGGUAGAGGCCCAGCAAGCUGUAGAGGAGGAACAAGCUGAGAUCACUGUGCUAGAGGACAGAGUGGCCAGAGCCCUGGAGCUCAGAGAGAGAGGGGAGCAAAGACAACAGGAGAUUGAGAAUCGGAACAGAACCAUCCUCACGAAAAAGGCAAACAUCAAGCAUCUGAUGAAGGAACUAUCAGAGCUCAAAUCCCAGCUGGCUGGGGGAGAGGAGUCUUUGCUAGCCAUUCAAGGCAAGAUGGACACUUUGAAAGACACAGAAAAAGAGGAAGACACAGGUCCCCAGGAGGCAUUGCAAGUCGCCCCAAGCCAAGCAAAAGCUCCCAAGAAGGCACCCAAGACAAAAAGGAAUGGUGGAGAAACAAUUACCCAACAGGCUUCUCAUGUCCGAAUUAAAGCUGAAAAUACACCUACCAUAGUUGGAGAGCCACAUAUGGCCAGUGGUCUCAGACGAUCUACGAGAAUAGCUACCAAGAAGAGCUGCGUUGAGAAUAAGCCUGUUUUAAGGAAAACUCGCCCUGUCAAAGCAAGCAUUUCACUUUGAGAAUUUUUUUUCUCCACUUUUCCUGAAACUUUUGAGUUUUAAGGAGUUGUUUUCCACUGCUUGUUUGGUACUGUGGUUAGGUUUCCAUCCAGUUGACAACAGAUUUUAAUGCAGAUAUUCAAGUCACAGAAACAUUAUAUGCAUUUUUCCCACCAGACGUGCUUUCGUCAAACUGACUUUGUAGCGGAUAAAAUGUUGUGUGUGACAGUACACACUUUUGUACUUAAGUUUUCAUGUACAGAAUAAAAUAAAACAGACGUUUUAAUGUGUUUCCAUAGCAUUUUCAAUUCUAUGGAUGAUUUUGUCACACAAACUGCAAUAAAUAGCAUACUUGCCCAACCUG